ACGGCGCUGAUUUGACCCUGGAGUUCCCAAGCAAAACAUGGCUGAUUGUCAAAAGAUGUGAAGGAGAAUCGUCACUUUAAUUUGUACAUAACUGACUUUUAGUGUUACUUAGAAUAGUUUUACACAAGAUUCACCAUGUCUACUGACCCGGCUGCAUUUGUGGCCGGCGUCCCCGUCAAGAUUAGUGAGAGAUUCCGCCCGCCGAGAAGAGUUACAAUCCCCGCAUCCUGUCAGUACCAGAUCAACCCUGACCUUCUAACACAAGAUUAUGACUUUGCUAUAGAAAAGACAACACUGAAAUGGGUUCAAGAGAGAGUAAGUAGAAGAGAAAAAGAAGAAAAUGAAAGGAAGGACAGAAUAGCUGAAUAUGAGAAGAAAAAGGCAGAAAGAAAGGCCAAGGAGGAGGAAGAGAAAUUGCGCAAAGAGAAAGAGGAGGAGGAAAGACAGAGAAUAUUAAAGGAAGAAGAGGAGAAGAGAAAAGAAGAGGAGGAAAGGAGAUUGGAGGAGGAGGAGAAGAAGAAGACAGAAGAGGAAGAGCAAAAUCAAGAACAAUCAGAUGAAGCAGAAGGGGAAAAUCUCGAUGAAAACACCAAUGCUGUAGAGCCAGAGGAAAACGGAAAUGAAAGCCCAAAUGAGACACCACCAGGCAUGCAGGAGAAUGCAAAUAAUGAUCAGCAACAUUCACAACAGCAGCAACAGCAACAGCAACAAACAAAUAUUCACCAACAACAGCCAGGUUUAGCAAAGUCAGGCAUGGGAACCAACUUUUACCGAAAUGAUGCACUUUACAAUGCAAAUCCCUCUUAUGAAUCUGAUACUAGCAUGGCAGGUAUGUUGCAACCUACUCCUAUACCUUCUCAGAAGAACAAUCUUAGGUCACCUCUCAAAACUCCUGCAGAUAUCAACUUUGCAGAGUUUGAAGGUGAGGGCAAUGAUCCCUUUGACAGUGCUGCACUGAAAUCAAUCAAUGACAUGGAGGAGCUGGCAAAGGUCCUUGAUUCCACCAACAUGGGGACUGGGUCACAGUCAUUGGACCGAAACACAGUUUCAAAACAAAAUUCUUCUGAAGAUAAAAGAGCCAUUCCUACAACAUAUCCUAAUGGUCAGGUGGCUUACAAUGCCUAUGGCCAAUACCCAUAUUAUUUGCAGCAACAGUUGCAUCACACUGUGCCUCAGCCAGGGCAAAAUUUUGGGCAGUACACAGGUCAUUUAGGAAAGAAUUCUCCGGUAACAUCUGCUGCAUCACCGGUGCCUUCUUACAAUAAUAGUCACCAGUAUGGGGGAGGACCUGACAGGUCAUUCCAAAAUACUUAUUAUCCACAGCAGUGGAACAAUAGUUAUAGUGCUGGUAGUCCUAAUAAAGGUGCUCCAUUUGGUCCAUAUGAUUAUCGCCUGCAAGCUAACAAUAGUGUUCCAAGCACAUCACAGGGUGUGCUAAGUCCAAGUAACAUUACUGGGACUGUGACUGCAGCACCCACAGUGCCAGUGUCUAUGAGUAGUGGUCUGUCAAAUAGCUCUACAAUAGAAAGAGGAACAGUUGGCAAGAGGCAAGACCUUGAAGAUUUCUACACUCGAUACUAUUCUCCAAACAAAUCAACCGUGACUCAGGUCCAGCAGUCUGGUGUCAGGUCUGGAGACUCAACACCAAGCCAUAGCAGUAGUUCUGGUGCUUUAGGGUCAACCACAGGGUCAUUACGGUCCUGUCGAAGUGUUCCAGAUUUGAGUGCUGCUGAAGAUUCUGAAGUCACGUCUUACAGUAAUAGGAUUCCAUCGGUUGGGGAAGGUCGAGGAUUUUCACACACACCUCCACCUCGACCCUCAAGCACAGGACUCAGUGGGUUGGAGGACUGGAAGCCACUUCCUGACCUUCCAAGUACGCCUGAGUCCUCUCCUGCUCAGCAUUCCUACCAGCCUGGACUCUCACAAACUACGGCAGGAUCCCAUCAGUAUACGCCAACAAAGACACGUCUCCCAGAUCCCUUCAUUGAACUGACAGCUGAUGCCCAGGCCUUAGUGCAGAGUAUGGCAGAGAUGGGUUUUCCACGACCAAGGGUAGCCAGAGCUGUUCAGAAACUGGGCACUGAUCAUAAGAAGCUUAUUGAGGUUCUUCUGGUGUUGCAAAAUCUCCAGGAUGCUGGAGAAGAUGAAUACAAAGCAGAACGUGCUUUUUACCACUAUAUGGGGGACUUGCAAAAAACGAAAGACCAUUUGGCAGCAGCAAAACAGCUGUGUGAUCUAGGUUUUGAGGAUGAAAGAAUAGUUGAUGCUCUCUUAAAACAUGAUAACGACAGAGACAAGGCCCUGGAAGAGCUCAUAGCCUAGAGUCCACCAGUGUCUUCCUUUUAUAUACCACAUUGUGAUGAGGUCAGCUGAGUUUUACUAGCCAUAUUAUGUGUGCAAGUGUAGAGAAUGUAAGAUUUUGAGCCACAGAUUAGGUUUAUAAUAAUCCUAAUGUUUUUGGUCAUUGUCUUUAUGAAGGAGCCUUUUUCAAGAACAUGGAUGUUCAUUAUCAGUGUUAGAAUGUUUCUAAAAAUUUUUUAGAAAUAAAUUUCUUUUCUUCUUUUUUUUCAAAGAAAAAAAGUUAAAGAGUAGUAUUUUGUAAUCUCAAAAUCAUGCGAUUGAAUCACUACCCAUUCAUAGCUAAAGAAGACUUGAUAAUGUGAUGCAAAAGUUACAAGACCGAUGUAUCCUUCUAAACUUCCUGUUUAUAAGUGUUUCUCUCAACAUUUAAUCCAAAGACUGCCAGAUCUUGAAGACUGGAAAGAACUAGAAUGAUCAUGUGUAAACCAUCAUACUGUCUUUUGAGAUUUAUGAUGGACUACAUGUAGUUAAUAACUAACCAAAGAAAAGGGAAUGAUCUCCAUGAAGAUGGCUUGAUAAAGUAUCUGUCCCUUAGGUUACAAAGUAAUCAUCUAUCACAAAUUUGUUUUAUUGUAAAUCCUCAAAAAAAUUAUUUGAAUGUAUAAGAACCUUUGACGAGGUUAAUGAACAAGUGGGAACUACAUGCAUCUGGAAGUUGAUGUUUUAUAGGGUCAUAGCAGAAAAAUAUUCAAAUCUCUAUCUAAUUACCAAGGUUGAAAAAUGUUUCUAGCAUUUUGUGACUUACAUUGGUUUAACUGAUAUUAUGAAAAAUGACAAGUAGAUUUUCCUUCCAUCGAAGUUUACAUCAUGGAGGAUAUCAUCUUACAGUUAGGUACCAAUGACUUGCUUCCACAUAUUCUUUGUCCAAAAGGAUAUUACAGCAAGAACUAGUUAAGAAAAGUUUAAAUGUAAUAGCAUAUGGUUCCAUUAUCUAACACCAUAAAGGUAUACUUUGCUAUAAAGGAUGAAGCAAAACGGCAAGUGAUUGACUCUUUGAGAACCCAUACAUUUGUGUAUUGCCUGGCGCUAUUGAAUGUGGCAGGGAGUGCUGAUUACAUGUCAAAGGGAUCUUCUAAAAGUAUCUAAAUUGUUGGAUUGUAUAGCUGGUAAAGAUGGACUGGAAUCAAGAUGUGUGCCAUUAUUAUAAUGUAAAAUACAUGAUAUUGGAUAUGGAAUAAUGGUUGCACAUUGGACACCUUUAAAAAAAAAAUGAAGAAGCAAACAGUUUGUUAGAGAGCAAGAAAGUAAGAAAUAGAAAGCCAGAGCUAUCUGUACGUUUAUGUUUGUGUUUGUGCGCAUAUGCGUGUGUGUAUCACUUUCAUUUUGCUAGAACUUGUCACAAACAGUGCGGGUAAUUUAUGUGUAGGGUAAGUAUUAUAUAUAAUAACUGCUUGGAAUGUAGCUUCCACUCAUAUUUCUUGUACUAAGAAAUGGGAGUGAUGAUGAGAAGGUUCCAAUAAGUUUAUAAAGUAUAAAUUAGUCAAGGACAUGGUAUCUUGUAACUUCUAACACUUGUCAUGUCAUCAGCUGGAGAAUACUUGUAGCAUUAACAUGUUUGUAUUUGUUCUUAGAAGUAAAAAGAUUAAAUGAUAAAUCACAUGGUCAUUCAGUCUCUUUUUUGAAAAAAUGAAAUAGAGGUUGAUUUAGAAUCUUUUCCACUCUCAUGUCUUUUUUAUCAUCUUGCAGCUGUGAUAGAUCCCCCACCCCACCCCAGAAACCAAGUUUCAACAAAAAAAUACACAAAAUAUGUAAAUCAUUUGAGAUGCAAUAUUCUGGUUGAUUGAUUGAAAAGUUGGGUACUUUUUAUGAGUCGAUAGAAUGUCAAGACAAAGAUUUUUUUAAAAUAGCAAUCAUAUUCCUGUUCUUCUUAUGUUAAAAGUAUCCUCCACCUACCUUCUUGAAAUUUCAUUUAUCAUUUACAGUCUCUGGAAGUGUGAAAUGUUCUACUAUUACUUUUUUCACUUUCUUUAGAGAAAAGGUUAGUUGGUUAUCCAUAGCAGAGUGCAGUUGAGAUCACUUCAUGUUCACCAUCAUCAUUGUGCCAUGUAAUAAAGAAAACAGUAACACUAAUCUACAGAUUUAAUUAUCCUAAAGUCUUGUGUGCUUAUAUAUCUGCAUAGAAUCUUAGUAUUUUUUCAGUUCCAUAUUUCAGCUCAGAAAUAUUCUUUAACCCAUUGGCAGCAGUUACACAUAUUGUCUAAAGUGGUUUUGUUUUAUUGAUUUUGUUUGCACUCAGGUGGCAUCACAAGUGCUUUUUCACCAAGAAGGCCAACUGAAGGCCUAACUGAUCUUAUCUGAUUACCCCCAUUCCUUGAAUUUUUAUUAAGAAUGCUUAUAUUUUUAUUGUGGCUUUCAUAAUUAUUAUUUUAUUAUUGUUAUUAUCAGUAUGGUUAGGAUAAUCUUACUGAUGAUGAUAGGAGUGAUAAAAACAAAACAAAUUCUUCCUCAAAAUUCAAGGAAUGGGGUAAAUGGAGAAGGUCAGGAAGUGAUGAUUAACCCAUAGAGUCCCAUAUUUCACAAUCAUCACAUUUCACAUCAUGUGCAGGCAUUACUGUUUGUCACAAUCAUGCAAAGCCUGUUCAAAACUGGCGAGCCUUUUUCGUACUCAGUUUGGCAAGUUUUCCUGCAGUUAUACCCAUGAUAUUGCCUAGUAGGCCCACCACACCCAAAGCCAAUCAUAUAGUUGUAUUUUCCUGCCUGAUUUUUCUUGUAAAUGGAAUGUAGUGGGUGUAAAGUAGUAGUUUUCUUACUGUACAGCAUAUUUCAUACAGCCAAGCCCGUCAUUUCCUCUCCCACAAUUUCCCCCUCCCCCACACACCAUACCACUGCACAUCACAGAGUUGUUUCAUGGUAUAUCAUUUUUUUUUUUUUACUGUACAAACUUCUAGAUGCUUAUAAAUACAU